CUGAGAACAGGUCACAAACCGGCGAGGACGUGUGCGACAGGAAAACGUCAAAAAAGGCCAAGCACGACUCUGAAACGGAACCACAGGUACAAACAGCUGGAGCCAAAUCCACAGACAAAGUAGACAACAACCAAAGUGUAACGCAGGGAGAGGAGAAAUCCCGGGAAUCAGAAGAGAAACUUGAGAACACAGAGGAGAAGAUCCAAUCAGAUGAACAGAAAGAUCCAUCUGGAGAUGGUGAUGCUUCCUCAAGCAGAGAGCAGAUGGAUGAGUCACCAGAUCUUCCAGACCUAUCAGAUAUGUUGCAGUUCCCUCUGAGCUCUCCAGGGGGCGCCUGCUUGGUCUCCCUCAGCCUGAUGACUUUGGGACGGCUGAGCGUCCACGUCUCCAUCCCCAAGCAAAUUGUAGUGGUGGACAGCAGCCUGGUGGACAAUGAGGUGGUCAAGAGCAUGGCUGCUUUGGAAGAAGAUGAUGACGACGACGAUGGAGACGAGUGUGAUGGAAGAAAAAAGCUUCAAGUGAACGCUCACCAAGCGUCACACACCAACUACUUGUUGAUGAGAGGCUACUGCUCUCCAGGGAUCGAUUCCAGCUGUCAAGAUAAACCUGUGAUAACUCCAUCCAGACUGGUGGUGAAGUUCGGUGAUCCAGCCUCUGCUACAUGUGUAGCCUGUCAGCAGGCCUGUCUUCCCCUAAAUGAAAGUAUUAUUGAUAUGGAAAUUUCUCUUGGAACGCCUAACAUAAAUGGAAGCACAGUGAGCUGGACAGUGAACCAAAUGACUGAGUGGCAAUUAACUCCAAAAUGCUUCUAUACUACCGAAAAAGUUCAGUGUUGCACUAACCUGCCUAUUACUGUCUACAAACCCCCAGAAAGUGUGUCCUUCAGCAUAAAGCCCUCUGGACCUCUGAUUGAGGGUUCAGAGGUCAUCCUGCAGUGUGAUGUACUGAACGUCGCUCCGGCUAAAAACCUCACUGUGACCUUUUACAGAGGUCAGAGGUCUCUAGGUGAAGAGAAAAGCAGCAAUACCACAAAGAAACCAGUCAAUGAGGCAUUUUCGUCGAACUACAACAUCAGCAAAGACGACAAUCAAGUCCAGUUCUGGUGUGAAGCGAAGCUGGAACUGGGAGCUGAAGGACCACAGCCCCCUCUAGUGGUGAAAUCAGACAAUCUCACUGCUACAGUUUAUUACGGACCUGAGCUGAAGGUUCCGGCUGAUCCCGCUCCAGUCAGCAUCGUUAGAGGAGAACCUCUCCAUUUGACCUGCGUGGCUGAAGGAAACCCCAAACCUCGGUACAACUGGACGCUGCCGUCCAACAAAGCCCACAGCAGUGUGACCGACCUGAAAAUCGACUCAGUGGACUUUCAGGACGGAGGGCAAUAUGUCUGCACCGUCAGCAGCAACGGGAACUCUGUCAGUGUUAGAUUUGACGUAACAGUCCAAGAACCUCCAGAAAGUGUGUCCUUCAGCAUAAAGCCCUCUGGACCUCUGAGUGAGGGUACAGUGGCCAUCCUGCAGUGUGAUGUACUGAACGUCGCUCCGGCUAAAAACCUCACUGUGACCUUUUACAGAGGUCAGAGGUCUCUAGGUGAAGUGAAAAGCAGCAAUACCGCAAAGAAACCAGUUAAUGAGGAUUUUUCUUUGAGCUACAACAUCAGCAAAGACGACAAUCAAGUCCAGUUCUGGUGUGAAGCGAAGCUGGAACUGGGAGCUGAAGGACCACAGCCCCCUCUAGUGGUGAAAUCAGAGAAGACCACUGUCUCAGUUCACUGGAAACCAACAGAUUUGGAGACGACCUCCAAGCCAAGCGAUGACGCUCCCAGAUGGAAACUUUGCAGGUUCAUCCUCUGCUUGAUGCUUUUAGUUUCUGCUUCUGUUUGAGUCAGAGUUCAUUAAGAUGCGCUGAUAAACUGAAAUCAGUCCAAUCAGCAGUUCUGACUUUCAGGCUGACGUGUCUGAAGAGAUUUCUCUGUAUAGUUACACUUUAUUUGGCUCUGCUCUUUUUUUAAAAAAAAGAUUUCUUCUAAUUGUGUUAAUAUGUUCUGCAUUCCUAUCCUGUGACAUGGUUUCUAUUACUUAAACUAUCGAUGUGUAAAAUAGCACUUUUCUACAACUUCUAAUACAUUUUUGAGUGAUAUUUGUGUCCUGAUAGCCCUGCCUAGUUUUUCUAACAUCACUUAAAAUGAGUCUCUCUCUCUCUUUUUUUCUUUCUCUCAUGUAGCUGACAACGUGUUCUAAUUUUCUGAGUCUGAAUUUUGAGUUUUCAUUAUCUGUGAGACAUAAUCAUCAAAAUGACAAGAAACAAAGGCUUUAAAUGUAUGUGUAAUGAUUCUAAAUAAAACAUUUUAUCUCAGUUUUUUGAGA